CAUCAGUACUUGGUCUUGCGCGUAGCAUACAAGUACUUUAUAGUUCUACGGCGCGGAUUGCUAUUCCUUGAACUAAAAAGUUUCUUUCAAGGUCCUGGUCGUCUGGAUCUAAGUUAUCGAAACAGUCUUGACAAAGAUGACCGUUAUCUAAAUGGUAGACGGAACGUAUCAACCGAACACAGAGGCAAGAACAUCCUCCGUCGCUUCCAGAUCGAAUGCGGGUACGGGCCCGUCUGGGUCCUCUAUGUUAGGGUUGAUGAACUCGCCACCUGUUCUGUACAUACAUACGAAAACAAUUCUACUCUUUCGAUGCUGCAUCACUUACCUAGAUCAUUCCCACAACAUCAUCCGAUUCUUCGAUAUGCCUUGGAUACUUACUACGGUUUCCUUCAAUCGUCUUAUAUCUGUGGCCAUAAAGGUUUCCGCUAUCUGUGUUGUUCGACAAACAGCGCUAUGCUUCCACACUGGCUGUUGUACAUGGUGUUUCGCAAACAGAGAUCCAUAACCUAUUUUGCACGUAAACCUUCUCGUAUGUUGAUCAUUUGUUCACAAGGUGUUCGAUAUCUGUAUUAUUCGACGAACAGCACUAUAACAUAUACUACCGCACUACGUUGCCCACUGAAAUCGCUUUAUUCAUUGCUUAUUUCGAUUAUGCGCUAGUUUUAACUUGUUUAAAUGCACCGUUCGCGGAAUCCCUUUUACUUCGAUCUUGACGUUUUGGUUCUGCAAGAUUUCUAGCACUUUGUAUGGUCCAGUAUAUUGAUCGGAGAAUUUUCCUUUA